CAGCAACCCAACCACUCGCAGCUCUCACCUGGCCUCCAGACAGGCGCAUCGGUCCCCGCACUGGGGUGCACUGCAAAUGUUUCCGAGAUGAUCCUCGAUUGGCGCCGUCUUCUUGGUCCAGGCCUCAGGCCCCAGCGGAAAUGGCUUGUUUCAUUGCCCGCCUGGUUAUAUAGGAGAGCGACUCCAACAUGACGACGACCUGCUACCGCCCUCACGAUCAUUCGCAUCGAUUACAUUCUUUUUACCGUCUCUCACAGACACACUGACCUGGUUCGCUGGUCGUUCACUCUUUAUUUCUUGUUUGAUCAUCUGCUAGCAUCAUGAUGCACUCUGCUUUCUUUUUCUCCCUGCUUGCCGGCACGGCCGUUGCUCAGUAUGGCGAUAACAGUUACAACGCCCCUGCUGGAGGCUCGAAGCCUGCUCCCUCCGUUACAGCACCUGCUGGGUACGGUUCGCCCGUUCCAAACCCGAUUGCGUCCCUGGUGCCCAUAGUACCCAUCGUCUCUGUUAUUACAUCCGCCCUCGGAGCUAUACCCUCAGGGUUCAUUCCCGACAAUGAUCUGCCCAACCCUUUCAAGUCCAUCUACAUUCCCGCGUCCCAGCUAUUCAACCCUGCUAUUGCACCUGCUUUCACAGAGACUGCUGCGGUCCCUCUUCUGUCCCUCCUGCCGGUCUACUCGAGCACACCCAGCUCGUCCGUUGUCGAGCCUACCGGCUCUGCUGAAUACCCGGUAGCGACUCCUCCCGUCGAGACUUCCAAGCCUGCAACCUCUACGACUUGCACCGAGAGCAAGGCCCAAAGCACCCGCGUUCCCCUUGACGCUACUGCUUCAUCGGCUGUGCCUCAGAAGCCUACUGGCACAAGCUCGGCAGCUACCUCUACCGUUGCGACACCCAAACCCGCAACCUCCACAUCUUGCACCAAGAGCAAGGCUCAGAGCACUCGCGUACCCCUUGACGCUACUGCUUCGUCGCCUCUUCCCCAGCGUCCUACCGGAACAGGCUCAGCAGCAGCCUACCCCACCGGAACCGGCAUGCGUCCCUCUGGUACCCCUCGCCCAGACUACUUCCACAACGGCAGCCGUCCCCAAGGCGGCUUCGGCUGGGGCCGCCCAAGGCCUUCUGGAAAGUGGCCUCACGCCUACCCCAAGCCUACCCAUGCUGCUCAUCGCCCCACCAAGCCUUCUGCUGCCAUGGGCUACGGAGGUGUCAAGGCCAGCAGCACGCCUUGCACUUUGGAGACCAGGGUCAGACCCAAGGCUACCCCUGCCCCUGCUUACUAGAGACCAAAUACAACUUGAAGGUAUCGCUUCCUGAACAAUAAUUAUGUAAACGUAGUUCAUGUAUAUACCUUAUUAUCCACAGACCUCCGAGUGGGGUAAUACAGCACAUGCAGUUGAUAGGCUAUGCGCCUAAUGCGGUUUUCAUUGCCCGCUUUGGUGUCC